AUGUCCAACUUCUCAAGAAAUGAUGAUGCUUUGCUUUCAGAGACUGUUUUGGGAUUGAUUGAAAUGUUUAAUGAAACAAAUGAGUUGGUAAGGAGCUUAAGAAUAGUACUAGCACAUCUACAAAAUCAUGCAAAUCAAAAUCUGAGACUUAGGAUUGUUGGUGCUCGAGUGAAAAAUGUAGAACAAUAUGAACUACCUACUGACCAGAAGUUGGUUGGACUAAUUCCAGGAGAUUUUCGUCCAGAUAGUGAUGAUAGAGAUGUUAUUUUUGAUCACAGGAGUGAGGGUCUACGGCGUAGAUCCAGUCUCAACCCCAAAUUUGAUGCUUUAUAUUUUCCAUUGCUCUUUCCGUACAGAGAAGAUGGUUUUCACACUGGGAUAUUAUAUGUACAGGAAACAAACAGAGCUUCAAAAGAUUGGAUACGAAUUCCAUAUAAGUUUAUAGUCCCUCAUACAGGAAACAAGAUUAAAGCAAUUACAUAUAUUGUUUAUAAUGAUUUCCAUGCUAACUAUGAGAAUGCCAUCUACAUCAAGAAUCGAGCUAUUGUGACACCCACAAGUAGCAUAAUUUCUGACAUUAACUCAUAUAUGUUGGCUAAAGUAAAGGGACAAAGCAAGACAUAUUACAGUUUAGAUUCGAUUGAGGAUGACUCCCCCAACAUUGCUUCCCUGAAAGAAGAAUAUCCGACAGAGUUCUUGAACAAAUUAUCCUUCAAUGGAGUGCAAGAGCAUGAAAUACAAUUGAAAGUCCGGACCCCAGUCAUCCUUCUUCGUAAUCUAAACCCCAAAAUUGGCCUAACCAAUGGGACAAAAAUCAUGAUCACUCAUUUGGGUAAAAAUGUGAUUCGAGGAAAAAUCAUUGAUGGAACGCAUGAUAAAGACCUCGUUGUCAUUCCAACAAUCGUACUUAAUGUUACAGAACAUCGUUGGCCAUUUAUCUUGAAAAGGAGACAAUUCCCGACCAGGGUAAGCUACGCAAUGACAAUCAACAAGAGCUAG